UGAACUCAUGACGUCGGGACCCAAGUGAGCGCGCGAGUAUCAAAAAUAACAACAGCAGUAGCUCAAACUUCGCUCUGCUAACUCUUGUAUUUUCUGCAUGUUCUUAGUUCUGUAACAACUGAUCGGUUUUUGUUUGCAAUGGGCUCAAGGGUGAUCUCCAGUGCAAAGGAGUUUUACAAUACUCUUCGGUCUCUCCAAGAUCAGGAAAGCAACAGUCUAUGUAACUAUGAGGAGGACAUUCAAAUCUUAAAGAUGAAUGGAGACAAAAUCCCGGUGCUGAAUAUAUACUGUGGAAACCAGACAGUCUUCAUUUGUGAAAAAGCUGUUCCAAAAAUAAAUGAACCCGAUGAUCAACGAAUGACUGAAACAGCUAACUGCUCUGAUGAUACUGCUAAUGAGGAUGAGGAUGAUGCUGAUGCUCUCCCAGAACUGGGACCACAGCCGUUCACAAUCAUGAAAGCAAGGCAGUUGCUGUCUUGGUACACAUUGUCCCAAAAUGCUAGUGUGUCAGCUGUGGACAACAAUCCUGCCUUACACCCUCUGUGGGUUCGAUGUGACAUGUCAGAUCCGGCUAGAACAACCUGGGUUGGAGCUGAUACCGUCUGCACGGGCAAUAAAGUGUCUGGUGUCAAACUGUAUUCCAUUACCUGCAAGGGCUCAACUGUGGACAAAAAAGCUCUCAUAACCUUGGACGAGCUGAAACAGGAGCACAAGAAAAGGCACCCCCCAUCCUCGACAGCGAUUAAAGGCAGUGCCACUUUCAGCUUGUUUGGCUCCACUGUUGUUGAAAACACCAUGGUUGAAUCUCAGAGCAGUGUGACGGCGGAUUUCAAAUGGAGUCACGUGGAAAGUAUCCUUGAGACCCCACCCCUGUCCUCUACAGCAACACUGAAUAUCAGAGUUGCCAUUGGGGACAUGAGGAGCCCAAUGUACGAGAUGUACAGGGAGCUAGAGUUUCUUCAGACUCUUGCAGAUGGUUUGAGAACUGGUGAGACUGAAUGGAUGGAGCCUUUGGAAAGCACAUCAGCUGUAAACCUGACCAAGGCCUUCCUAGAAGAGCUUCAGGGCACUGCAAAGACACUACAGGAUGAGGUUGCAAAAACAGCUGAGAACCCAAAGCCGAAGACAGACAUGGACACUCCCAUUUUCAACUCUUUCUUGGAACGAGGCGAUUUGGAUUUUGUGGAGCAGCUGUGGGUUCGGAUGAGAAAGAGUGUGACUUCAUAUCAAGAUAUUGGAGACUGCCUCAAAUUGGUCACAGAAGCUCUAAGAUACGGUGACAUCAAACCCUGGAUUCACAGAGACAGCAACAGCUCUCUCAGUAAGCUCAUCCUGCAGUCGUACCACCAGCAGAUCGAUCACGUGUCUCUCACGGGUGUCACCCCUGUCCACAUGCUGCUGGAGAUGGGACUGGACAAGAUGAGAAAGGACUACAUUAACUACCUCAUUGGGGAAGAAUUGACCACUCUCAACCACUUGUAUUAUUUCCUGAGCACUGAAGUUGACCCCCAGGAGCAAGUGAUCAGACUCCGGAAACUGCACCACCUGCUGGAAGUAAUUGUGACCUGCAGUACUUUCCUGGGUCUGCCCUACGACAGACUUUUCCUUCUCACACAAUCUUGUCUGCAGCACUACAAAACAUACCCAUAUGAUGAGGAGCAUGAAUUCAAACUGCAAAUCAAACCUGCGCUGAUCAGCCAUUUCUACCAGAAAGAGAACCCCGUGGUGUGGACGGUUGAGCUGUCCAGUGGCCACGGCCCUCGUGAGGUCCGGACAUCCGUACAGCUGAGUGACAGACCGCUGGUGGAUCAUGUCAUCUUUGAAACAGAUAACCCAAAUGAAACAGUGAAUGGGGACAGUGAGUAUACUGCCUUCUUCACCACCUUGGUUUGCUGCAGUCUCGUCAACUUUGCAUGAAUUUACACACAGAGCACAACUUAACAACAAAGGAGUUGUUUAUUGCCUUUUUCUGUUGUCUCAACAGUAAUCAACAUGUUGUAAAUGUGCCAUAUGUACUUUCCGCAAUACCAUAUACCACAUUACAAAGUUUCUGUUUUUGUUUAUAUACUGUAUUAUUGUCAAUUGUUUUUAAUAAUUAAAUAUUAGUCCCUGGUAGUGUGUUCUUGAUUUUUUUUUCUCACAUUUACAGAAUUUGUUAAUGUUCAAUAAUGCAGUUGAAAGAUGUUGGCUGAAUAACUCAAACCACAAAAGUACAAUAUAACACAAGGGCUGUUUGCAAUGGUAACAUUCCUAUUCAAUAUUGUAAGAAAAUCCCAACAUGCAGCAGGGUUUAUCACACUAACCCUUACCCAGUAUUAAGUUCAUUAUAAAA